UUUAAUGUCAUUCGGAUUCGGUGGUCAUUCGUUAUUCGUCCAAUCUUUUGUAAAUUGAAAGCAACCAAUAAAAAUAUACACGUAUAUUUUAUGUUAAAUCGUUAUCUCUUGCGAUGGAAAAUUCACGUUUUGGAUAAUUGCUUUUUGUAAUAGUGUCAUUUAAUUUAUGAGCAUACCAAUAUCAUUACAUGUUUUUUUGCUACACGCAGAGUGCUAGUCUGAAAAUAUCGAGAUAACAAUGUAUAUUUAUUAUUUCUUAGUGAGUCUUGUUUUUACAAUUGGAUAUGUAACUACAGUUGAGGAGACUUCAUUACGAAUGUCGAAAGCAGAAAGAUUGUUUCUAAGGGAACAAUCCCGUCGUAUGUUCUACCAUGCCUUUGAUGCGUACAUGGAUAAUGCAUACCCAGCAGACGAGUUAAUGCCUCUAACUUGUAAAGGCAGAUGGAGGGGGGUGACUCCAAACCGCGGCGAUCUGGAUGAUGUGCUUGGAAACUUCUCACUAACACUGGUGGACAGUCUAGACACUUUGGUGGUGAUGGGCGAUUUUGCAGAGUUUAGCAGAGCCAUCAAGUUGGUCAUCAAUGAUGUAACUUUCGACCAUGAUAUCAUAGUUUCUGUUUUUGAGACCAACAUACGGAUGCUUGGAGGUCUUCUAUCAGCUCAUGUUUUGGCAACGUCGUUAAAAAAUGACAUACUAGUUUUAAAAUGGUACAAUGGCGAAUUGUUAACCAUGGCUGAAGAUCUGGGGCGAAGACUUCUACCCGCGUUCUAUACCUCUACUGGCAUACCGCAUGGACGUAUUAAUCUUCGGCAUGGAAUAAGAGGUCUGUCGGAGUCAAGGGAGACGUGCACAGCUUGUGCUGGUACCAUGGUUUUAGAAAUGGCAGCGCUUUCCCGUCUAACAGGUCAGCCUAUAUUUGAGCAGAAGGCUCACAAGGCCAUGGAUCGACUGUGGACAAUAAGGCAUAGGUCUUCCGAUUUAAUGGGCUCAGUUCUUAACAUACACAAUGGGGACUGGAUCCGAAAGGAUUCAAGUGUUGGUGCUGGAAUCGAUUCCUACUACGAAUACUGCUUGAAAGCGUACAUACUCCUUGGCGACGAGAAAUACUUGGCCAGGUUCAAUAGACAUUACAAUGCUGUUAUGAAGUACAUAAGCCGGGGUCCAAUUAUGAUGGCUGUUCAUAUGCAUAGGCCCCAUUUACAAUCGCGCAACUUUAUGGACGCUUUACUCGCGUUCUGGCCAGGACUUCAGGUGAUGCUCGGCGACGUACGGCCCGCGGUUGAAACCCACGAAAUGUUGUAUCAAGUGAUGCAACGCCACACUUUCAUACCAGAGGCGUUCACUUCUGACUUUCAGGUACACUGGGGUCAGCAUCCACUCCGCCCGGAGUUCUUAGAGUCAACGUACUUUCUGCACCGUGCUACUGGGGACGAGCAUUACUUACAAGUUGGCAAAAUGGUCCUAAUGGCGUUGCAGCAGCACACUCGAGUGCCUUGCGGCUAUGCGGCAGUAAACGACGUGAGAACUAGAGUUCAAGAAGACAGGAUGGACUCCUUCGUACUGGCCGAAACUUUCAAAUAUCUAUACAUGUUGUUUGGCGAAGAUAAAGACUUGCCUUUUAAACUAGAGGAAUACGUUCUGACCACGGAGGCUCAUUUCUUGCCGUUGUCCUUGGCCACAGACGGACGUAACGCGUCAUAUUUAAAGUUCAAUUUUGAUGAAGACGAAGAUAAGUACAGGAAGAUAUGUCCCAGCAUGUCAUCCGUAGUAGCGGGGGACCUUCGUGAACCGAUGCGCCAAAUAUUAGAUUCGACGGCUGCAAGACCGGCCGCGAGAUUGCGACCUCUUAACGACCCGCGUCAAGUCGACGCACUCUCCCAAAUGGGCAUAUCUGUGCUAACAUUGCCAGAUGGACGCGUCCAGCUACUCUAUACCACCAACACCGCUAUUUCGCCAAGAGACGCAGCCGAAGGACUCACGUUCAUGCGCGAGAUGUCCAAGUGGAACACAUUGGGUGACAUGGAAAACGGAGUGGUUGCAGCCGGAAUCAAAAUUAACGAUAAGAUAUUGCCAGCUGGACCUGGACAGUUUGGAAAAAUUAUAUCCGGGUCUGUCAGAUACGUUGGGAAACCUGCAUUCGCCAGUCCCAUCGACGCUUGCGAGGAUAUAACAAAUGGGGACGAAGUAACCGGAAAGUUUGCGAUCGUGACACGCGGUCAGUGCACGUUUGCACAGAAAGCCCGCUACCUCCAAAAGGUUGGGGCAACUUUAGCAAUUAUUCUGGACAACGUGAAAAGCACCACCUUUGAAUCCUCAGCGCUAUUUGCCAUGUCGGGAGAUGGCAAGGACGAUAUCGAAAUACCAACCAUUUUUCUCUACGCUCGGGAAGGUCUCCAGUUGAGUCAAGCGUUGAGUGAAAAUCCUGACCUUUCUGUAACAAUUGGCGUACUUAAUUCCUUGAAGCAGGAGUACGAGAACCAGUGCGACAACGAAAGCUGCGAACCCGUUACUAAUGCGAAAAUUGAGCCGGACGAUAAGGAAUCCUUAAAUCACUUGCGAAAAGUUCUUAGUAAACUCGUAGUACAAUUUGAAUUAUCUGCCAACGAAGAGCCGUCUAUUAAGGCGUAUAUCGAUAGCAGUCAAGACUUUUACGUGCCUAGAGAUAAAUUAGUUAAUGGGGAGACAUCAUGCGAUCUGAACUUUUCAACAGCCAGUAAGGAUGUGAAAGAGGAGAUAUCAGAGAAUAAUGAGUUCGGGGAUUUCUGACACGCUAGUGAACAAUUGAACAUAAGUAAAAAGUGUUCCCGAACAUUUUAUGAAAUGUAUAUAAUAUUGUAUUUUUACAACAAUACACUAACGUGCAAUUUA